AUUGCUAGCGAUAAGCAUACACAUUCUCUCAUGAUGAUCAGCCGAACGUUGGGAGCUAGUAAGUUCUUUUUAAAGCCUUCAGACUACCACAGAUCAGGCCUUUCCGAUUUUCGAAUUUUCGAAUUACGUCCGCUGACAACGCCGCCUUGGCGCAUACUCACACACAGGCUAUAGCCUCUUCUAUAAGUAUCUAACCGGACUCACUGCUUCGUUCUCCCUCUCCCCCGCCCUCAAUCUUCAGUCACUUUCGACGCUACUAAUUCAAGCCCAGCAGUAUGACUGAAUCUCAGUCGUAUUGGGCUGCAUUCACCCUCCAAACCUACAAUUGCGCCUAUGCAGUUAUGAUUUGGGAUACUUUGUUGACUCUAUCCGAAGAGAAACGAAAGGUUUGGGAUCGAGAAUGGAGUCCAGCGAAAGUCAUAUUCUUCUUCAACCGUUAUUAUGGUCUGGCGUCGAUCACAAUGAAUUUAUGUUUCUAUAACAUACAAGUCAGCACUGAAGAGUGCGCCAAGUAUGUGAAAGCGGAGCCGUUGCUUGGUAACUUCGCUAUUCUAUCUUAUCAGAGCAUCCUUCUGCUUCGCUGUUAUGCUGUCUGGUUACGAGACAAGAGAAUUUUAUUCGGUGGAAUAGCCAUUUUGGUCUGCCAGUUCGUGGAGGCCAUGUACGCGAUUUCUGGUUUCUUCCCUCUUCCAAUAACAACUGAAACAGGACCGUGUGUUGUUCAAGGGCAGAAAUUCUGGAUUGCGAGCGUCUUCCUCUUCCCCACCCUAACCGACACGAUCCUGACCGUGGUUACCUUCGCUCGGGUACUGUACAUCGUCCCAAAGACGAGGUCCUCCGUAAUAUCACGGUUCUUGAAAGAAGGGUUCCUCUUUUUCCUUAUUGUCUUCGUUGGCAACUGUGCAAACGGUAUACUAUAUCUCCAGGCGAAUAAGGACAUAUCCACGAUUUUUAGCGGGUUUGCCAUAAUCUCCGGUAACGUCUGUGGAAACCAUCUUCUUCUUGGCGCUCGGCACGACGGUUCAGCGGCCUCUACGUCGGACUUUGCCCCCGGGACUGGCCCUGGCCAUGAUCGCGGUGUAUGGCCUGGAUCUGGGGUUCUUGUUCAUACGACUGUGGACGUCGCAUUGAGCGACUUGCCCACUAACAAGAGAUUGGAGGAUCUGGAGCGUACGGAGAGCCUUCGGAAGUAGCAUUGUGCAAGUCGACUCUGUUCAUAAGCCUUCUUCACGUUGAGCUUGAAGUUUGAGAAUGCGGUAUGCGGUU